AUGGACACGUGGCACUUGUUGAAUGGACCGACAUCGUCCGAGAGAACGAAACCUGAGGACGACCUUGAAGUUGUCGCGCGACGACUAUCCUCGUCAUCCGGUUCUGGUGACUCGGGUUCCUCGUCGGGUUCCGGCAGUAGCGACGGAGGAGGCAGCAGCAGCAGCAGUGAUUCGUCGUCUUCGUCGUCAGAUUCCGGCAGUAGCAACGGAGGUGGCGGCAGCAGCAGCGGCGGCAGCAGCGGUGGCGACUCGUCAUCUUCGUCGUCAGACUCUGGAAGCUCCGGUUCAUCUUCAAAAUCGUCCUCCUCAGGAUCUUCGUCUUCUUCUGGCGACGGCGGUAGCGGGGAUGGCGGAGGUGGAAGUUCCGGCGGUUCCUCAGAUAAUUCGUCGGGCUCCUCCUCGUCGUCCGAUUCGUCAGGCUCCUCCUCGUCGUCUGAUUCGUCGAGCUCCUCCUCUUCCUCAUCUUCAUCUUCAGAUUCAUCGUCAUCGUCAUCGUCAUCGUCCUCGUCAUCGUCAUCGUCAUCAUCUUCUAAAAAGAAGAAAUUCAAGAAGAGUUCUGGCAGCAGCGGAUCGUCGUCUGAUAGCAACGGCGGUUCGUCUUCAGGAGAUUCGUCAGGAGAUUCGUCAGGGUCUUCGGGGUCGUCCUCUGACAGCGGCGGUGGUGAUUCGUCCGGGUCGUCGGGUUCUGGAAACGGCGACGGCUCGUCGUCGUCGUCGUCGUCGUCAUCGUCUUCUAAGAAGAAAAAGAGUAAGAAGAAGUCGUCUUCUUCGAGCAGCGGGAAUGGCGGCGACUCGUCUUCCUCCUCUUCUUCCUCUGGAUCCAAGAAAAAGAAAAAGAGUAAGAAGAGCUCUUCAUCUGAUGGUGGUGACAGCGGCUCAAGCUCGUCCGAUAGCGGAUCCUCUUCUAACGGGGACUCGUCAUCUGGCAGCGGCGACGGAGGUGGUGACGGAGGUGACAACGAGGAUUACUCCGACAUGAACGCCCGGGAGAAGCGGAGUGUUGACGACAGUAACGGGGAUGGAUCAGAUUAUAGCGGGGACGGAGGUGACUACAACGGCGAUUCGUCCGGAGACGGAGGGGACUACCCAGAUGGCGGGAGCACGGAGGGAGAUGGGAGCCGGAGGGAAAGGGGUUCAUCCAACGGCUCACGAUCAAGCAGCAGGAAGAAAGGACGGAGGGGAUCGAGCCGACGUAAGGGGCACCACGGAAAGAAGGGGAAGCACGGGAAGAAAAAUGGCGACUCGACGCCGCCAAUUGCGAGCGAUCCGGCCGCCAACUUACCUCCCAUUACAAUCGUCCCGCCUUUCACGGUAAAAAAUCCCCCGGUUAUAUCAUUCCCGCCGAAAAUCACCAACCCGAAACCGGUCGACCCGUCACCAGCCCCCCCUGUCGGUCCCCUCAUACCCGAUAAUGUCAACCCGUUACCGUUCGAUCUCAUCCCCGUUCCGCAACGAACAGCCACCGACUCGUUUACGCUUAACCCGUUUAAAGGCAAAGUGGCGAGUUUCCCGUUGGAGCCUAGUCGAAAGGACCCUAAAGCGGGUCUGAUAAAAAAGCCAAAACCGCCAGUGGCAAAGCCGAAACCGAAAGUGCCGACGCUGCCGCCCGCACCGAAUCCGAAGGUGCAGAUCCCGCCGAAGUCGCUGCCCAAUGUGGGAGCAGUGGACCCGUCCGAUCCCAACAACCCGUUCGCUAGUCCGUUUGACCCGCCGCCCGGCGCGAAUGGCCCGUUGACUCCGACUGACCCGAUUGACCCGCUGAAUCCGCCGUCGCCGUCGCCGUCGCCGCCGGUGGUUGCUCCCAAGCCUUCUCCGCCUCCUGAUGAUGGUGCCGGUAUGCCCAACACCACCGUCCCUCAAAUGCUCCCCAAUUCCUACAACACCUCAACAGUGCCGGUGUCCACCCCCUCCCGCUCCCCCCGUCUCUGGAGUCAACACAAUGAUGGUGGUGCUCAUGGUGACCAUUCCCUGACCCCGUUUCCCCCGUCUCACCAUUUCCCUCGUUCCCUCCUCUCUUUCCCCUUCCCUCUCCCCCCUGCUUUCUUCCCUUUCCCAGGUGCCGGUAUUCCCAACACCACCGUCCCACAAAUGCUCCCCGAUUCCUACAACACCUCAACAGUCAUCAAGCCGAAAACCACCACCACCACCACCGCCCCUCCUGCUCCCCCCAACGACUCUGGGGUAAACACAAUGAUGGUGGUGCUCAUGGUGACCAUUCCUCUGGGUGCAGCAGCAGUGAUUACAAUGGGUAUGCUGGGGUGGAGUCAGUAUCGCAAGUGGAGCAUGAGUUCCCAAGGCCCCGCCACUGCUGGGGGUGGGGGUGGUGGGCUUGGUGGGGGGGGGUAUGAGACUCUGCAAGGGGGCCCGUUUGGUCGAUGA